AUGUUGAUUGGAUCAACUGACGAACGAGAAGUCAAACGACUAUUCGAUUCUCUGAAGGAAGAGUUCGAACUCACAUGCCUUGGUGAAGUUCGACACUUUCUCGGAAUGGAGGUGCAGCGAAAAGAUGGAGUGUACAGGAUUCGUUUGCAGAACUACAUCGAGAAUAUGGUUGCAAAGUUUGGGAUGGAGCAUGCCAAGACGGCGAAGUCACCCAUGGAGCCUGGGUUUUUGAAAACAGACGAUUCAGGUGAAGCUUUCGAAGAUUCAUCGAAAUAUCGGAGUCUUGUAGGUGGACUGUUAUACAUUGCUGUGAACGCUCGUCCAGACAUCGCAGCCUGCACUGCAAUCCUCGGACGCAAGUUCAGCGCUCCGGGAGAAGCAGAUUGGAACGCCGCGAAACGAGUGCUCCGAUACUUGAAGACGACGGCCGCUUACAGUCUACAACUAGGAGGAGAACCAGAACAAGCGCUGAUCGGCUAUGCUGAUUCCGAUUGGGCUGGAGACGUCGGCAGCCGAAAGUCGACAUCCGGAUUUGUGUUCUCGUAUGCAGGUGGAGUAAUCUCGUGGGCCAGCCGCCGCCAGACUUCUGUCACUCUCUAG